AUGAAGCUUGCAGUUAUCUUCGACCCUGUCACAGGCAUUGGUCUACCAGCGUCUACGCUACGAAGAGACCUGCACCUCGCCGCUGAAUUGGGCUUGGAUUCUCAUCUCGCAUUGAAUGACCCUGAAGCCUUCCGUUCUAUAAUUGCCGAUUCUGUGGAUUCCACAAGUGCAGCAGAAUAUACAGAGAUGCUCAUUGACCACGAGGAUCCCUCAGUUGGCACCUAUCGAAACAGGUUUUGGGUCAAUGAAGACUUCUAUGUCUCUGGGAGUCCGAUUAUGGUCUAUGAUAUUGGAGAGGCUACUGCCGAGUACUCGGUUUCUUUGUUGACAAAUUCCUCAUCCUGGCUUAGUCUGCUGUUGCAGGAAUUUCACGCUAUGGGGAUUGUGUGGGAGCACAGAUAUUAUGGAGACUCACUUCCAUUCCCCGUCAGUCAGGAUAUGCCCGUGGAGCACUUGAAGUAUCUCACCACCGAACAAGCUCUUGCUGAUAUCCCAUAUUUUGCUGCAAAUUUCAGCCGGCCGAAUCAUCCUGAUAUCGAUCUGACACCCAGAGGAACCCCUUGGGUUAUGAUCGGUGGAUCCUAUCCUGGUAUCCGUGCUGCGUUCACUCGCAACAAAUACCCCGAUACCAUAUUUGCAGCUUAUGCUUCGUCCGCUCCCGUCCAGGCUCAACUCAAUAUGAGCGUGUACUAUGAACAGAUUUACCGCGCUAUGGUGGCCAACGGGUACAGUAACUGUACCAAGGACAUCCAGGCUGCUCUCAAGUACAUCGAUGACCAGUUGUCCAACAAAGAGACGUCCGCGUCGAUCAAACGGCUUUUUCUUGGACGCGAUGCGGAGAAGAACAGCAAUGCAGACUUCACCACGGCUUUGGUCGCUCUUUACGGACCUUUUCAGGCUCACGGUCUUUGGAGCGGUAAUCAAAGCUUGCACGAUUUCUGCAACUACCUUGAGCUGGACCCAGCGACAAACCAAUCGGCAGGACCGGAGGGUCUCGCCCCAAUCCACGGCAGCAAAUAUGUUGCAGAGCGAUGGGCGUCAUUUCCUUACUUCAUAUCGCUGGUCAACAGGAUGUAUGGGACUAACUGCAACGGUCUCAAUGCAUCAGAGCCUUUGUCGUGCGAUUUCAGUCAAACCAACACCAUCCCUGAAUUGAUCAGCUGGACUUGGCAAUAUUGCACCGAAUGGGGCUUUUUCCAGAGCAACAACUUUGGCUCUCAUGCGCUUCUUUCCUCAUAUCAGACCCUGGAGUAUCAGCAGGAACUCUGUAAUCGCCAGUUCCCAAACGCCGUCCAGGCUGGGAUCCUACCGCCACGACCACGGACGGAAAGCUUGAACGAAGAGUUCGGCGGCUGGACUAUCCGACCGUCCAACGUGUAUUUCAGCGGGGGGCAAUUUGAUCCCUGGAGACCAUUGUCGGUGCUAUCUGAUGAAGAUUGGGCUCCACAGGGAGUCAAUUUCACCACUGAAAUACCGGCCUGUGGGGUCUCCACCGGCAAAGACGCGAUAUUUGGGUACAUUAUGGAGAACGCGGUGCACUGCCCCGACUUUCGCCUCACCCCGGACGCGGCAGUCUCCCGGAAUUACUUUAGCAAGGCCUUGAAACAAUGGCUGCCAUGUUUCAGGCGUAGUCAGUCCUGGCAGUCACAGUGA